AUGGCUUCAACGCAGGAUCCGGAGAGAGCAAGGAUACAGAAAUGGCUCGAAGAUUUCCAUGCCGCAUCCGCCACCCUCUCCGCCUCGCACUGGUGCAACAACUUCUUCGCGCCGUCGAUAAUCCUGCAAUUCGGCAACGGCCCUCCCGUUCAGGGCCUGGAAGCACUCCGUGACAUGUUCUUCGCCCCGCAACUCGCCCGCCUGGACUUGAUGGAGCAUUAUAUCGAAUAUUUCGACUACGUGCCGCCGAGGAUUUACCAGGCCGCGAGGAUCAAGUAUCGCGUCAAGGGAGAUGAUCCGAGCGGGAAGGACGAUGUGGAGAUUCCGGGUUUUGCUACCAUCUAUGUCAGGGAGGACCAAGACGGCGACGGAGCCUCGGGUGACGGAGGGAUCAAGGGAAGAUUGAUUUGUUAUCGUAUGGAAACGUUCCUCGACACGAGGCCGUUGGAGAAGAGGAUGCAGGAAGUUUUGGAAGGUAAAGAAGGAAGCCAAGCAUGA